AUGUUAUAUAAAACAAGUGAAGAGAAAUCGACGGAAUACAAUUCAAAUGUUGAUCAAGAAAAUGAAAACCAAGGUGAAAUCAUUGUUUCACGAAGUAGCAGUCAAGCAAUUCAACAUCCAUUGCCCGAUAAGCGUGAAGCAUUACGUUUAAACAAUUUACCACCGACAACUUUAUGCGCCUAUGUGAAUCACAAAGUGACAUUGUGUAAACCAAUAACACGUUCGAAAGCGGUCACAUGCGCACCAAUAACAUUCAAUCGUGCAACGCAAACGUUGCUAGAUGAUGAGACACGACCGAUCAGUUUAUUACCAAUACCUGUUGGACUAGUUACACCAUUACCGUUAGCUUUAGGUACGACCGAUUGUCCGGUGCCCGUACCGAUACCCAUACCAGUUCCAUUGCCAUUAUUUUUUGUUGUUAAUGAUCAAAAAUUUCAAGAUUAUGGAGCCUAUCUACAAAAAUUGAAAGAAGUUCUACCAACAAAUGAUGACGAUCUACAAAUGUUAGCUUAUGCGCAAUCACUUUUCCCCAACGAUGAUCUACUUGGCCUAGGAAAGUUCAAUCCCAAGAGUUCAUUGUUAGAUGAAGUUGAAAAUGACGAUCUGCAUCUUGUAAGUCGUCCAUCGGAUGAACCACAUCAAACUGAACAAGAAUUGACAACAGGAGACAAUGUUUCGAACAGAUUAGUAUUUGAUUUCGAAGACUUUGAUCUUUCAACUGUUGCUCUGACAGGUGGAGAACAAAAUCUAAAUACAACCAAUGGAAAUUCCUCGGAAAAAAUUGAGUAUUUGAUGAAACAGGAAGAUGCCAAGUACAUUCUGAAAUGGCAUUUCGGUGUUAAACUUUUUCGUGCAUGGGUUGAAGGUAAAAACGAUCCAAUUAGACAACGAACACUUCAACAAUAUCCUCGCUCACGAAAUGGCGCGUCAAAUGAUGCAGAAAAUCGUUUAUCUAAACGUCUCUACCGUUCGGAUCCGUUGCUGUACCGAGCCGAUGAAUUGAAUAGUGCACUUUGCUUAUUUUUGAAAGAAACGCGUGAUUUGUAUGAUGGUGAUUCCAUCUACUAUCUCUGCUUGGGUAUUCAACAUUAUUUACGUGAGAAUCGGCCNGUUAGAUAUAUCUUGAAUGUCACAUGCCUUUAA